CUUCUUCAAGUGAAGAACAUAAAUGCUCCCAAAUUCACCUCUUCUUAUAACAAGUCUAUGAGUACCUUGCAAUAAUCAAGAUCCUCCUCAGAAAAUAGUCUGAAAGCAAGAAAAAGAGAAAACAAACACACAUACUUUUUACCUCCCACCACUAUCCAUCUUUUGAAUCAUUACCUCCUUUCCUUACUUAGUACUUCCAUUUUUGUAGAAAUAUUGAAGUAAAAGGCUAUGGAUGAGGAAGGAGAUCCGAUGAACAGAAGGCCAAGAGGCAGGCCCGCCGGAUCAAAAAACAAGCCCAAGCCUCCCAUUAUCAUCAACCGAGACAGCGCCAAUGCCCUCCGAACACAUAUCAUCGAAAUCGCUGAUGGUUGUGAUGUAAUGGAAAGCGUUUCCAAUUUUUCCAGGAGAAGGCAAAGAGGAGUGUGUAUUAUGAGUGGAACGGGCAAUGUUACUAAUGUCAACUUAAAACAACCAGCCUCACCUGGUGAGAUUGUAACUCUACACGGUCGAUUCGAGAUCUUAUCAUUAUCUGGAUCAUUUCUUCCACCUCCAGCUCCUCCAACAGCUUCAGGGUUGACUAUUUAUUUAGCUGGAGGACAAGGACAAGUGGUAGGAGGAAGUGUUGUGGGGACGCUUAUGGCGUCUGGGCCUGUGGUUAUUAUGGCUGCUUCAUUUAGUAAUGCUGCUUAUGAAAGGCUUCCAUUGGAAGAGGACGAUCAGAACCCACUUCCAAUGCCUUCACUAGGAUCUCCUGGAGGACAACAGCAGCAGCAACACCAACAACAACAAUUACUAGGUGACCCUUCGUUGUUUCAUGGGACGCCGCCACCAAAUCUUCUCAACUCCAUUCAGUUACCUCCUGAGGGCUAUUGGUCAACAGGCCGACCUCCAUUUUAACAUGAAGGAAUUCAUCCAAGGGGUAUUCUUUCUCUUUGUUUUUUUUUUUCUUAACUUUCUUCUAUUAUAUUGGGAGAUCGGAAAAAGGGAAGAGGCAUACUGCGAAUUGAACGUACUCACACCUUAUUGUGUGGACGAUUCCCACCAGCACAACUAGACUAUAAGCCUUCGUUGUAUUUUGUUUCUUGAUUCACUUCUAAUUAGCUUAAACUCCCUCUCUCUGUCUACGAGUUCUUAGAAAGUAUUUUUGGGAAAUGAUUUUUUCCGGCCGUUGACCAUUUUUGAACUAUUUAGUUCGUAACCUCUAGCUUACUUUGAUUACAUCUUUUCUCUAAUAGGAUUUUGUAUUGUUGGUUUGCCGAUGAUCAGGUUAUAUGACAAUAUGAUAUGCUUGUAAUUUGAUCAAAUCAACCUUGUAAAUUUUCUGUUUACUGGUGAGUUUCCCUUGAGCUAAUAAAGAAUUUAGAUUCUUUCAGCAAGUAAGAGUUUGGGAAAUUCUGUGAACCGUACCCCAUUUUUUUUUUAUGACAUUCAUUUGAGCAGAAAACUGAGGAUACUGCUGUUAAUUCCAUAAUCAUGAUACUAGGUUGCAGUGAGGAGUACUCAUUGAGUAUGGCUUUAAUUUGUUUCUUGGCAAUAGCAGUAUAUGUACACAAGGUAGCUAACCUCAUAGAAGUCUUCUUCGUAAUGCUGCAGUGUUACAAAUUAUUGCAUGAAUUGAACUUAUAACCAGAGAAGUGUUCUAAUUUUUCUUUUAUCGAGAUCUUCCCUAAAGUCAAAAUUUGUAAACCCAAUAUAACGUGAGUUUUCUCCUUUCUUGUUAAA